CAGGCGCGCGCCAGCGCCUCCAGGCCAUUAGUUCCGCGCGUUCCUGGAUGGAGGCGCGCCCCAAGGGGCUCGGACGCGGCCCCAGCACCGCAGCUGCCUCCCCGGCCCGCAGGAGCUGUCAGAUUGAAGUGAGUGAAUUCAGAUAUUACUCAAGCUUGUUAGAGGGCUUUUUAAAAAUAAAAAGUUGAUUCGGUGCAUGACAGCAAGUUACUGCUGCUUACCGUUCAGAGACUUACAGGUGCUUGCCUGCAUUGCAAUAAAGGACUCAUAUAUUGAGCAAGACUUAUUUAUCUCUUCAUUUUGGAGAGCCUAAUAAACUGUUAUUACAGUUUCUCUACUGACUUUCAAAAGUUUUGAAGUUUGAAAGAGACACCUUUGCAAUUAACACAGCAUGAGCACGGCCAGAACAGAGAACCCUGUUAUAAUGGGUCUGUCCAGUCAAAAUGGUCAGCUGAGGGGCCCUGUGAAGCCCAGUGGUGGCCCCGGAGGAGGGGGCACACAGUCACAGCAACAGAUGAACCAGUUGAAAAACACCAACACAAUCAAUAAUGGCACUCAGCAGCAAGCACAGAGUAUGACCACCACUAUUAAACCUGGUGAUGACUGGAAAAAGACUUUAAAACUCCCUCCAAAGGAUCUAAGAAUCAAAACUUCGGAUGUGACCUCCACAAAAGGAAAUGAGUUUGAAGAUUACUGUUUGAAACGGGAGUUAUUGAUGGGAAUUUUUGAAAUGGGCUGGGAAAAGCCAUCUCCUAUUCAGGAGGAGAGCAUUCCCAUUGCUUUGUCUGGUAGGGAUAUCUUAGCUAGAGCAAAAAAUGGAACAGGCAAGAGCGGUGCCUACCUCAUUCCCUUACUUGAACGGCUAGACCUGAAGAAGGACAAUAUACAAGCAAUGGUGAUUGUUCCCACUAGAGAACUUGCUCUACAGGUCAGUCAAAUUUGCAUCCAGGUCAGCAAACACAUGGGAGGGGCCAAAGUGAUGGCAACCACAGGAGGAACCAAUUUACGGGAUGACAUAAUGCGUCUUGAUGAUACAGUGCAUGUGGUGAUUGCUACCCCUGGCAGAAUCCUGGAUCUUAUCAAGAAAGGAGUAGCAAAGGUUGAUCAUGUCCAGAUGAUAGUAUUGGAUGAGGCGGAUAAGUUGCUGUCGCAGGAUUUUGUGCAGAUAAUGGAGGAUAUUAUUCUCACGCUACCUAAAAACAGGCAGAUUUUACUAUAUUCUGCUACUUUCCCUCUUAGUGUACAAAAGUUCAUGAAUUCCCAUUUGCAGAAACCCUAUGAGAUAAACCUGAUGGAGGAACUAACUCUGAAGGGAGUAACCCAGUACUACGCAUAUGUAACUGAGCGCCAAAAAGUACACUGCCUCAACACACUUUUUUCCAGGCUUCAGAUAAACCAGUCGAUCAUUUUCUGUAACUCUUCUCAGCGAGUUGAAUUGCUAGCCAAGAAGAUUUCUCAACUGGGUUAUUCCUGCUUCUAUAUCCAUGCUAAAAUGAGGCAGGAACAUCGAAAUCGUGUGUUUCAUGAUUUCCGAAAUGGCUUAUGCCGCAAUCUUGUUUGCACUGAUCUGUUUACCCGAGGUAUUGAUAUACAAGCUGUGAAUGUGGUAAUAAAUUUUGACUUCCCAAAGCUGGCAGAGACCUAUCUUCAUCGUAUUGGAAGAUCAGGUCGCUUUGGUCAUCUUGGCUUAGCCAUCAACUUGAUCACAUAUGAUGAUCGUUUCAACCUGAAAAGUAUUGAGGAGCAGCUGGGAACAGAAAUUAAACCUAUUCCAAGCAACAUUGACAAGAGCCUGUAUGUGGCAGAAUACCACAGCGAGCCUGUAGAAGAUGAGAAACCUUAACAAGCAUGCUUUGACAAAACUACAGAACGCUCCUUUGGAUCUGUGACACAUCGUUUUUUGGGGGGUGCUCUUCUCUUUGUGGGUUUUUCAUCUUCUUUUAUUUUGGAGCUAUGAAGACUUAAAAGCGCUCAGACAUUUUUCUUUUUUUAACUGGUGAAGAGGGAAAAAACUGAAAAGAAGGAAUAUACCUUUUUUGUUCCACUGGUUUGCACUGUGUGCUGACUGAACAUUAGUUGCACUAACUGCUGGUUUUUUUAAAAAAAAAAUGUUUUUUGGGGGAAAGGGGACAAGGAAGGAGGAAAAAGAAGAGAAGGGGAGAAACCCUAAAAAGAGAAGAAUCUUGAACACACAAGCUUGUCUACAAUUUCAAAAUUCUCCAACAGCUGACUCUUCAAGUGCAUUUCAACUUCUCCCUAAUUGCUCAUCCGUUUUUUAAGCCUGAAGAGCUUAUUACUUAUUUGUGCGAAGUGCCUUAUGCUAUAAGACCAUUCAGAAUAUCAUCUUUUAGACGCAGCCCGAGGAAUCCACAAUUUUUCUUCCUUUCUGUUGUCUUUCUUUUUUUAAAGUUUUUUUUAUUUUUUGUCUUUCCAUUUUGGUUUCAAGUUGAAGUCUCUCUCUUCCUUUUUACCUAGUACCGAAAUCCAGGGCUGAAAGAUGAAACUUACUAGUAAUGUUAAACACCAUUUUCUUUUUCUUUAUGAGGAGGAGUUGAUAUGCAACUGCAGUUCAUCCGCACUGUAAAUACAUGUAUUUAAAAACAAACAAAAACAAUCCCAAGUAAAAAUUUCUUCUGGGCUGAGUAGAUACAACAUCAUCGCUCCCAAAGGAAAGAGCAGUCUAUCAUUGCAGGAGCCAUAUGACAAGCCUUUGUGCUCUAUAGCAGAACACUAAAGACUGGUUUACAUACGCCUCCAUUAGCAGUAUGGCACUUGAUGUGUAGACAUGAUGUCGGAGCCUUGACCCUCUUUCCUCUGUGGCAAAGUGUGUCCCAUAGAAAAUUGGGUGUGUAUACUUGUAAAAACUUUGUAAAUAAGUUUUUUUCUGGGUUCAUAUAUAUAUAUAUAAUAUAUAUAUAUAUACAUAUAUAUAUAUUAUUUUUUUUCUUUGAUGAAGGUUGCUGGGAUUAAGGGGAUUAGAGUGAUUAUGGGAGCAGCUAAAGAUGAGAGGGGCUCAGUUUUCUGCAACACUAAAUUCUAAAAAGGAGUACUUUGGCCUCUACUGUAGAAACCAGACAUCUAUUGGGACCCUGUGUUAGAAAAGGGACCCAAAGGUCUGGAAUGCACUGUUUGCUGCCACACUGUUACAUAGUACAUUUGGAGUAGUCUUCACCAGAGAGCAAGAAAAUUUCAAAAAUCUAAUUAAAAGUGAUUUUUUUUUUUUUUUUUUUGAGAAGCUCUCUGAUUUUGCUUCUUCCUUUAUAAAAGUUUGAGGAACUUUUUCAAACUCUGCAAAAGGGUGCAAAGAUUAAUCUGUGCAGUGUGGGAAUUACGUUAAGUAGCAGUGUCUUUGAGCAGAAUAUGUAUAAAGCAUGGAUUUGCAUUUCAGAAUAUUAGCCAGUAUCAGCUUUGAUAAUGUUAGCAGUUCUGGAGCUUAAUUUUUCUGUGGAUCAUCUCCUGUAGUGUAUAAAUGCGUUGCCCUCUGCCCACCUUGAUAAAUAAACUUCUGCAGAAAUGGGCAACCCCUGAGAGCUGUUAACUUCCAUGCUACAGAAAGCUGCUUGCUAUCCUCUUGUGUUGUGACAAGAAUUGUUAUGUCAUUUUGCAUUGUAAAUUGCUGGCAAAUGCUUUACAGUCAGUAGUGUUGCUUUAAAUUGCGCCCCUCCCAACAUGCUUGAUGUUUGGCCUGAUCUCCAGGCAAAAGGAGUGAGAUGAAUCAAAACCAGUGAACUUUUUUUUUAAAAAAUGUUUUUAAUUCCCUUUUAACCCAGUGUACUAGGUCAAUCAGGAGGCAUCUUGGGGAGGAAAAAAAGCAAAAAACAAAAAUUUUUUAAAAAUUGAUUUCUAUCUUCCAUUGUUUUUCAAACCCCUAAAAUAUUACAAAUAAAUCCUGCAUAUGCUUUCAUGCUCAGUUUAUCUGGAGAAAGAAAUCAGUUAAUUGAAGUUGCUUUUUUGACUCUGCCUAAUUCUAAGGAAAACUAUCUGAGACUUGCCCCAAAUUGCUUGGGGAUCAAAAUCCUGCAGAUGCCUCCUGAUCAGACAGCCCUAACUCCUUAACAGCUGUAGCAAGAGCUGCACAGUACAAACCCAAAAAGAGCAAGCGCCUUUAUUUGGCAUCCAAGUCACAUAUGCCCUAUCUAGUCAACAUUGGGUAAUAAAUAAAAACCCUAUAUUAAGGAAGUAACUUUUUUUCAAGGGGGAGGGAACUUUAAAGUUGUCAUCUUCUGACCAACAUAUCUUGGCCUUGUACUGAUGCAGCUCUCUUAUAUCCCCCUCCUGUUGCCGCCUCUGGCAAGAUAAGAGGGAUCAUUCAUGUAGAACAAGAAAGGAGUAUAAAUGCAAUUUUGUGUCUCGCCAGAGAGCCAGCCUGUGGGUAACUAAACAAAAAGCAGUCAUCUUUGUCAAUCUUAGACUGCUGGCCGGUGCCACAUGCCUGUGGGUCCCUCUUAAAGCACAGACUUAAUUGAAAGUAUUACUGAAGUACAGCCUCUGUUGAGGAAGUGGCACUUAAAACUAUCUGGGACACCACAAUUGGACACUGUCUUUUAGACAGGCAGCUGUCUAGUUUUGGUGCUUGACUUGAAUAGGAAUUAUUAAAUGGAAAGAUGCUCUAAAGACUAGGUCAAAGCCUAGUCCUUUUUUUUUUUUUUUUAAUCCCUUAUAAGGAGCAUUGUUACUAUUGGAAAUUGUCUUCAGAUUCUUUCCAGUUUUUGUUUUGUUUUUGUUUUUUCAGUAAUGGUUAUUUUUCUUCCUAGUGGUUCAUUUGGAUGAUAACUAGGCCCUGUUUUUAUUAUUAAAACUACAUCCAAUUCGUGGUUUAGCUUUCUGGUCACGUAGUAGUGUAGUGGGUUAUGGAUCAUUUAUUACACACCUUGCUGCCUCUGAGCCUGUUUUGUUUUUCUCUUGUGUUCUAAAAUGAAACUUUCUUGCCUUUCCCUUCAGUGUGGAAUAAGUUUAUCCUAAAAUGAUCUUUGAUGGAAAGAAGUAAGGGAGAGGAAAACCAAAAUAUAUUUCCAAAUUAUUUUCAAGUUGGUCCAAAAGGUUGGGGUGGGUGGGUGGGAGGGUGGUUAAUUAGUAUUUGUUUUCAGAAUGAGAUGGGAGCAUCUUUCCUCUGCUUUGUGUUUUAUACCAUCAUGCUUGGUUAAAAAAAGACAACUCAGCACAAAGCCUUGAGUGUAAAUUUUUGGAAUCAAAACAUCUCAUUCUGAUCAUUUGGUUUAAUUUUUUUUUCUUUUUUUCUUUUUUUUUUUUUUUUUUAAUGUGGGUGGGAGGGGAGGGUACUGUGUCCCAAAGGGGAGGGUGUCUGCACUAAGGAUUUAGAAACACUUUGGAAGCUCAUAACCUCAUCAGAAACUGCCUUUAGCCACACUCCUGACCUUCUAGAUGAGUAACAAAAAGAUGAAAUAAGUUCUUGGGAAUGAAGCCAUGUUAUUUUAAUUUGCUGCGUUUUCCAGUGUUCUAUGUAUCUUUAUAGUUGUUAUUGUGGAAUCAUUUUCUUGCCAAAUAUCUGUCAAGCAAAAUUAUUGGCCUCGUGGGAGCUGAAGUAAGUCAGCUUUUUGGUGAACUUAAUGUGCACUGGUGAGCUUGUGUAGUUCUGCUUUAUAUUCAUAAAGAUGGGUUCUUUUUUUUUUUUUUUUUUUUAACUCCCAAAGAAAAGCUAUUCUCUCUGAUCUGAAAACUCAUCUUUGGGGUAAAGAGUUAAGUGUCCAAAGGUUUUAACUGUUCAUGAGGUCAGAGGGAGCUAGCCUGGAACCUGGACUCUGCCCCUCCACAGCUGACAGAUUCCAACAGAAGUGUAUUUAAAUUCUCCAGUAGACAAUGCUGGGCAGGGCAAGGGAGGGGGUAGGGCUGGGUUAUUAAGAUACAGGCUACUGUAUUUUAACCAGUGAUUGUCGGGGAGGGGUGCCUGGACAAAACAAAGUCACUUCCCUUUUUUUUGAAACAAAACAAACUUGAAAAAAAAAUUUUUGUUUGGAAAAAAGUGGGAGAAAAUUCUAGUGUCCCUAGCCACAAGGGACCAGUUCCACUGAGAAGUGAACAGUGGAAAUUCAAAUUUGAAAACAUUUGGGGAAAGGGAAAAUUGGCUUUCUGUUAAUUGGCAAGUGUUCCAGUGGGACUGUUUUUGAUGGGAUGUGUUAUGUUGUAUGUACCCGUAUAUAGACCAGAGUCUCAAUUGAGUUUAUAAGGUUCAGAAAAGAUGGUUGGUAAAAAUCUUGAUUUUUGUUAAUUUAUCUCAAUAAAAGCCCACUGGAACUCCAA